GGAAAUGAUAUUGUGAUCGACAGCGAUAAGCAAAUUGUAAUGCAAGAUGAAGUCGACAUGUGCACAAUACUUCAUGAAGCCAACAUGGAUGGAGUAAAACAUUUACAGUCUAAGAAUCGCAUAACCAGGUUGUAUGCGUGGGCGAUUAUCAUCUUGAUUUUUGUAUGGAUGGCAUGUUUUCAAAUAUGGUCACAAAUACAAAUGUAUGUAAGAACACCAGUGGCUACAAAUAUUGAAGCACUUUAUCCAAAAAAAAUAUUAUUUCCAGCAGUUGCAAUCUGUAACAACAAUCAAUUCAGAUUGACUUACAUCACCGGCCCAACAAUACAGAACCGGCGAUCAAAAGCACGCAUCAAUAUAUCGUCAACCAUCAGCGCUGAAAAUAAAACUGUUUUCGAAAAAGCUUUAGAAAAUGCUUGGGAUAUGGAUGCGGUGAAAUUUUUAAGAAAUGCUGCGCACUGGAAAUCUAGAAUGGUUCUAAGUUGCAUAUGGCCAAAUGGAUCAAAAUGUAAAUCGACAGAUUUUAAGGCAGUUUGGACGCUAAGCGGUCUCUGUUGGGCUAUAAAUACUGAUUCAGAAAAUCCACAUUAUGUUACAGCAAGUGGUAGUGGCAAUGGUCUGAAGCUAUUAUUGAACAUUGAAAAAUAUGAACGGAUAGAGAGUUGUUCACGAUAUUUUAAAACGAAGAAUCUUCCAGGUUUGAAAAUUUUAAUCUAUAAUCAAACGGAAAUUCCGGCAUCGUCAUUUGGUGGCGUAAAUGUGCCACCAGGAUACACUAUGGAUAUACCUUUCAGAGUACAAAAAAGAUUGAAAUAUGCCGAUGCAGGCGGCUGUGUUCGAGAGGCUGACGACCAAAAAUCCGGAACGAUUCCGUUCGAUCAUGAGGACAACAUUGGUACAUGUCCAAUAAGAAACUUCUUACGAAUUAUUGAAGCUCGGUGUAAUUGCUCAAUGAUACGAGCUUAUAAUAAUACCAUAUAUAAUUUUUGUAAUGUGGAUCAAUAUUUCCAUUGUGUGUUGCCAACUAUGGAAUCAGAUCAUAAAUCCACAAGAAACAGCAAGUGUUUACCGGCAUGCAGUAAUGUUGAUUUUAUUGCUUGGCAAGAUAUGAAUCUUUUACCCAAUAAUAUUUUACCAAAUCUUAUUGAUACUGAAGAAGAAGAAGAUGUCGAUGAUAUGAAUCAAAAUGAAAAGCUUGAUGCUGGUGAAACAUUUUAUUGCGAGGAAUAUCGACUUCUUAGUGAAGAACAAGUGAAACAAAUCAAAAGAUCCGCGCAUCGAGCAUUUGAAAAGCAGUCUCGAUAUCAAGACGAUAUACAGCUUAGGACGAAACGACUUAUAAGCAAAUUGCGUGAAGCAACAUUCAAAUUAAUUGAUCUCGGUUGGGGUUGGAACGAUUCGACAUACAUCGGUGCUUAUCAACGUCUUAAUGAAUCUGUUCAAUGCUACGGCGAAAUAGCGGUUGAUCAUUCGGAUGUAAUUGCUGGAAUUUUAAGUCCUCCGUUCGUUAAAGAUGAAGUACGAAUUACGAAUCUUUAUCGAGAAUAUAAAGCUGAUCGGAAUCGAUAUACGACGCUGAAUGAUUUGAAGGAAAAUUACGGCGAACAGGUUGACCAAUUAGUGAAAAAUAUGCAAGAAAUAUCGAAUAUAAUCAGCAAAAUUUGGAAAAUUUACUCUCGCUCAACAUUCAAAUCUACAACGGGUUCAGGUUUAGAAAGAAUGGAUCUAAUAUUACAACUUGUCAAACAAUAUGAAGAUGGUAGAUUACAGAAGCGAGCUUGGGCUGAGAAAAUGCAGUCGAGAAGUAUGAGACAUUUUUUCGAAGAAGAUUUUUACGAGGGUUGGUACAAUCCAACUAUUAAAGAUUUUGAAGAAGACAUAUUACAUACCAUCGAAGAGAUUGAGGAUAAUGACCUACCAAAUUUUUUAAAACUGCUUCAUAAUAAGUCAGGAAUACAGAUGGGUUCAUUAUUAUAUUUUGGAAAUAUUUCUGCUGAAAAUGAUGGAAAAUUUUUUGCGUUCGCUGAGUCGCUGAUAAACUGUACAAUGACCCAUGUUCGCAAUGAGACUGUUCAACUUCUUAAAUCUUUCAAAAAAUAUGUUCAUGAAUUUCAAUCAGCAUAUUCAAAUUUAUUCAAGAAGGAACUUCCAAAUUACUUGAUUAAUUUUGAUUUCGACAGCGAUUUUGUUGAACAGAAUUUUGCAAUGGUUAAUAUUUUCCUGCAUAAGAUGAACGUUGAACUUUGGACACAGCAUAGUACUUACAGUAUAUGGAGCCUUGCUUGCGAUAUCGGUGGAACUCUCGGCUUAUUUCUUGGUGCUAGUCUACUAACGAUUAUCGAAUUGCUAUAUUCAUGUUUUCAUUAUAGUCUGCCAAACAGAAAAUGCCAAAGCAAAACAUUUUGGGAAAAAAUAAUAAAAAACUAUGCAUAUUUAGGAAUCGCAAAAUUAAAUCAAAGAUGGCUGAAGAAGAAAUCACAAGAAAUUAUAAAGAAAAAGGAUGAAUUGGAAGAAUCAGCAGUCGAGAGUGGACUAUUAGAAAAUUAUGAAGGGGAAGCCUACGGACAGUUAAAUCUAAAUACACCACAUUUUUGCAAUGUCACAACAUAUAAAUUUCCACAUAUAGAUGAUAAGGAAUCCGAAAAAAAUGGUUCCAGCAUAUUACUUGAAUCGUCAUAUCACGCAGAUCUUAUGAACGAAACUAAAAGCAUGGAUAGCAGUGAUUAUUCGCCAUCGACGUUUUAUGAUACUGAUGUACAAGAAUCAGAUCGGAAAACUUCAGACACUUCUAUUUCCCAUGCUGCACUCUUUUUACCAAAAGAAGAAAGACAAAGCACAGUUUAA